AUGAAUCCAGCAGCCUCCAACAGCAUCACCAUCUGUCUGCCUCCCUCACUGAGCCUCUCUGAGAUUAAUGCAGAGAACUUGAGGAGCGUGGUCGAGGCUGCCUGCCAGAACUCCCACCAGGUAUUCGGCCAGGAAGGGGAGAUUAUAUUAUAUGUGAAAGAGCAAGAUAGUGAUCUAGAGCAACAAUUCAUCUUUGAGCCUGUCAGUCAGGAUGCUUUCUUCCAGGAGAAGAUUGACCCAGCCAUGCUGGUGGACUCAUUGAGUGCUGUCCAUGACGAGGCAGUGAUUCACCUGCAGGGCUCAGACAUCAUGCCCACACAGGAGGCUGUCUUAAUGCCUGUGCAGGUUGCCAACAUUGCAUCUUUAGUUGACAGCAACAUGGUUGCUCAGCAGGAAACUGGCCUGCUUCCUGUGCUGCAGGUCAGCGAGAGUGCACUCCCAGAGAGAAGUGUCAGCAUCACAGCACAGACCAAACACCUGGAUACAGCUAGAGACAAGAAAACCAAUCUGUCACUGGUUGACAUCAAAGUGGACAUGUCACAGACAGACCUGGUCACUGAAGCUUGUCACAGCCACCAAGCAGAAGUCUCUAGUAUGGUCAGCCCUGACAAGAGAAGUAGGAGUCCUGACAUCAAGAAAGAAGAGAGGUGCCCCAGUGUUAUUGAUUAUGAGCAGUUGAAAAAACAAAAACUGACGGGUCCCCAGGGCUCCAAAAUUUUUGGGUGCAAUGUGUGCAGUUAUAGGGCAGCUAGCAGGACCUUGCUGAGACAACACAUGAUCAUUCACUCGGAGAAGAAGUUCACCUGCAAGAGGUGUCACUAUGCCUGCCAUACGGCCAGCCAUUUAAAGCGUCACAUGUUCACACACUCUGAGAGCAAGCCCAUUCUGUGCUCUCAGUGUGGCUACUCGUGCACACAAAACUUCCAGAUGAAAGCCCAUGUGAUACAGCACGAGACAGACACACCGUUCGUCUGCAAGAUCUGCAAUGCCACUUACAAGAAAGAGGAAAGUUUAAAGGUGCACAUGCUAGGCCAUGAAAAUGUCACCAGGUUCCGUUGCACCCAUUGCAACUAUGCUGGCAAUCGUUUUGGAGACUUCAAGAGACACAUGCUGACACAUUCCACAGACAAGCCACUGAAAUGUUCUGUGUGUAGCUACACCUGUAUUCGUCAGUGGCGGCUGAAAGCUCACCAGAAAAUUCACUUACAAGACAAGCCGCUGCUGAAAUGUGAUGUGUGUGAGUUUACUUGUCUGAGCGGUCCUCGGCUGAAAGACCACAAGGCUUCUCAUUCUCACGAGGGAGUCAUCAAGUGUGAGCUGUGCAACUAUGUGUGUACCCAGCCUUCCCGUAUGAGAAGACAUACCAAGACCCACACGAUUCAGAAAACCUAUACGGGCACCACAUUCCCACCAGCCUACCAGCAGAAGAUGGAGUUGGAGCAGGCCGACGCCGAUGGAGAGCAGGUGCAGCAGGCAGAUGAUGUAGGCUCUCCUAGCAGCCAGACAGCUUAUAUCACCAACCAGCCUGAUCAGACCACCUAUGUCAGCAUCCCGGCCAAUCAGUCCCUAGACCUGGAGGCAGACUGGGGCCCUGAGCACAUGGACGAAGAGCAGUUCCAGGCAUUUGCUGCCUUCGCCGGCAAACAGGUGGGUGAGACGUACACCAUCACCACCUCGGACGGUGGACAGACCUUUAUCAUUCACACUGAAGCUGCCCCAGAACACCUGGCGCAACAGCUAGCGCAGGCUCACUUUGAACAGGUGCAACAAAUAGAGACACUGCAAGAGUCAGACCAGAUGUUGGAAGACAUACUCCCAGACAUCAAGCCCAGCCCUUCCAAGCUAGAUGCCUGGAUGGCUGCAGAAGCUGCUCCGCUCAACAAACCACCCAAAAAUCAUUCAAAGUCUAAAAGGUUCCACUGCAACCAAUGUGAGUUUUCUUGUGAUUACAAAUCGACCUUUACUGCUCAUCUCAAAAAGCACUCAUCCGUGAAGAAAUACAAAUGUGCACACUGUGACUACAUGUGCAAUGACACAUCCCGGAUGAAGGACCAUCUGUUGUGCCACACUACGGAGAAGAUGUUCACUUGUGAGCUGUGUGACUUUUCUUGCAAGCGCAAGAUGGGCCUAAAAGACCACAUGAAGAUACACACAGGAGAGAAGCCCUACCGUUGUAAGGAUUGUGACUAUACUUGUCGGUCCGCUGAAGGCCUCAAGUCCCAUAUGUCUAAACAUUACGGCGUGAAACCUUACACAUGUGAUAUCUGCGGCCAGGGCUGCUCGUCGGCUUAUCUGCUAAAGAAACAUAAAUUUAUUCACGGGGAGAAGCCGCUACAGUGUCAGUUUUGUGAUUACAAGUGCAUUCAGAAAAAACAGUUGACCAACCACUUGUUGCAGCACAAAUUCCAGCAUCCAUUUUGCUGCAACCUGUGUAGCGCAACCUACAAGAAGGAGGAGAGCCUGAAGAUUCACCAGAUGUCUCACCAGAACAUAAAAAAAUUUGCUUGCAGUUUGUGCAACUAUGCUGGCAACCGUUCAGCAGAUUUCCGUAGGCACAUGCUGACCCACUCAGCCUCCAAGCCUCUGCAGUGUCCACAGUGCUCCUACUCCUGCAUUCGCCAGUCGCGACUUAAGGCGCACAUGCUGGUGCACACAGAAGAGAGGCCCAUCAGUCGCAGAAUAGGAGUAUCCAUGCCAAAAGCUUACAAUUGUGGCUUCUGUGAGUUCUCCUGCACCAGGACCUCCCGACUGAAGGCCCACAUCUCCAAGUUUCACCUGGACCUCCCAGACAAUGUCAUAUUUAGCAUAGACCUCAAGCAGAUAGAGCCCCAGUGA